GGAGCCCGAGGGGGAGGCGGGGCCUCGCGGCUGUCAAUGUGUCCGUCCUUCACUGCUCCAUUGUCUGCUUCCACCGCCGCUACCGCUAGUGUCUCUCGGGCUCGAGCUCAGCCUCCUCCGGCCCCGCUGCCCGCCCCCGCCCGGACAGAAAUUUUAUGAAUAAGCAUCAGAAGCCGGUGCUCACAGGCCAGAGGUUCAAAACUCGGAAAAGGGAUGAAAAAGAGAAGUUUGAACCUACUGUCUUCAGGGAUACUCUCGUCCAGGGCCUCAAUGAUGCUGGGGAUGACCUUGACGCAGUAGCCAAGUUCCUGGACUCCACCGGCUCCAGGCUGGACUAUCGCCGCUAUGCAGACACGCUCUUUGACAUCCUGGUGGCCGGCAGCAUGCUAGCCCCUGGUGGGACCCGAAUAGAUGAUGGGGACAAGACCAAGAUGACCACCCACUGUGUGUUUUCCGCCAUCGAAGAUCAUGAUGCCAUCAGAAACUAUGCUCAGGUCUUCAACAAGCUCAUUAGGCGAUAUAAAUAUUUGGAAAAGGCGUUUGAAGAUGAAAUUAAAAAGCUCCUCCUCUUCCUCAAAGCCUUCUCAGAGACGGAGCAGACCAAGUUGGCCAUGCUCACAGGGAUCCUCCUGGCCAAUGGGACACUGCCAGCCACCAUUCUCACCAGCCUCUUCACUGACAGUAUAGUCAAAGAAGGCAUUGCAGCCUCCUUUGCGGUAAAGCUCUUUAAAGCAUGGAUGGCUGAAAAAGACGCAAAUUCCGUUACCUCAUCUUUGAGAAAAGCCAACUUGGACAAGAGGUUACUUGAACUCUUUCCAGCUAACCGCCAGAAUGUGGAUCACUUUGCUAAGUACUUCACAGAGGCAGGUCUGAAAGAGCUCUCUGAUUUUCUCCGGGUCCAGCAAUCCCUAGGUACUCGGAAGGAGCUCCAAAAGGAACUACAGGAACGUCUGUCUCAGGAGUGCCCCAUCAAAGAGAUUGUGCUCUAUGUCAAAGAGGAGAUGAAGAGAAACACCCUGGCGGAAACAGCGGUCAUUGGGCUUCUGUGGACGUGUGUCAUGAAUGCAGUCGAGUGGAAUAAGAAAGAGGAGCUAGUGGCUGAGCAAGCCCUCAAGCACCUCAAGCACUACGCACCCCUGCUGGCUGCAUUUAGCUCUCAAGGCCAAUCUGAACUGAUCCUGCUGCAGAAAGUACAGGAGUUCUGCUACGAUAACAUUCACUUCAUGAAAGCCUUUCCCAAGAUUGUGGUCCUCUUUUACAAAGCUGAUGUCCUAAGUGAAGAAGCAAUCUUGAAGUGGUACAAAGAAGCCCAUGUGGCCAAAGGCAAGAGUGUCUUUCUGGACCAGAUGAAGAAGUUUGUGGAGUGGCUGCAGAAUGCAGAGGAAGAGUCUGAAUCAGAAGGUGAAGAGAAUUAGAUGGGCCAGCCAAGCCUGCUCUGCAGGACCCCAGCAAGGUGUCUCCUUCAGGAAGCAAGGCUUGGCUCCCGUGUCUGCAGAAAACUAGUCAAGGCUUCCCUUGUGUAGAGGAGAAGCCCCUACCUUGACAGGCUCCAGGGUCUGAAGCUCCUGGGAGCCCUGCCUGCCUCCCUCUGGUCUCCCUCAGACAAAGCCAUCCAGCAGGGCCUCCAGGAGAGACAAGUUGAGGGUCCCCACCACUUCCUCAUUUGUAGCCGCCCUUUCAGGUCCCCAGCCAGGGGCUAUCACAGGGCUGUGUUGCUAGUUCUGUAUUUGCUUGUGUAUGUGAUUGGACAAAACCACUUUUUUAAAUGAAAAAAAAAUAAAUGGCUUUUUUAAAAACCA